AUGUCCGAAAGCACACCUGUUGCGAAGGACCAACAGCUUCAACGGCAUGUGGUCACAAUACUUAUUCGACGGACACCCCAUUCUCCAACAAUGUAUCUCCCGCCAAUGCAGAGGAGCCUCAAUAUAUGCUGGCGAUGUCGCAAGUCCGUGAUGGCUUCAUACAGGGAAGCACUGAGCGGCUUGGGCGCCGGCGCCUCCAUUGUGCAGACUGAGAAUGUUCAAGUCAGCUUCACCAACUUCCCCAACUCCAGCCCGUAG